CCAGCUCAACCCAACGGAAGUUUUUCUCUUUUUGGUACAUCAACGGAAAAUCUUUUGCGCAGAAGGAUUACUCUGUUAAUUUCUAGGGUUUUUACCAGGAACUUCCAUUUCUUUUUCUCUUACUCUGCCGUUUCAAUUCGUUUCGGCGCCCGUUUCAUUCUCUACUUAGGGUGUGUGGGAUUUACUUGGAACUGAAAAUUUGUGUGGAUUUUCUUCACAAUGAAGAGAACAAUGCCGUGGAGUGAUGAGGCUGAUCUUAUCUCUUCUGAUGAAUCUUCUUCAGAGGCAGAGGUGGAUGUUAAUGAUGGAGCCAGUAGUUCGCCUACUGAGCAGCCACCCCAAGAAUUAUCCCCUUAAGGUACUUUCAAGACUUAGGUUUUAUUUCGCUUUUGUUUGUACUUACAAAUUUCUCAAAAUUCUUUCUGGGGUCAUCUCCUCUUGUUGUCUUGCUCUUAGCAAGAAAGCAAGAUUUGACUG